GAUCAACAUCACUUGUAGUCACUUGACGUAAACAAGUGUAUCACAUGUGUUGCGUUCUAAUAUUUUAUAAACUAAGUAAUCCAUUAUGAAAGUGAUUAUAUGAACCAUGACGCUUAAAAAUUGUUGUGUCUGCGAAAAGGACAGUGCACCUUAUAAAUGUCCAACGUGCAGAACACCUUACUGCUCUGUAGCAUGUUAUAAACAACACAAGUCUCAACCCUGCAAUCCUCCACAAUUAUCUGAAGAACCUCUAAAUUCUAAGGAAGAUCAAAAUGUGGUUAAGCGAGAAUAUAAAUUUCCAACAGAAGACACUGUGUUAGUUGAAAAGCUGGAAAAGUUGCGCCAUAGCAAAGAACUGAAAGAAGUUCUCGAAAAUCCUCACGUGCGCGAUAUUAUGACAACAAUUAUGAAUAGUCCAAAUCCCACUGAGAUGAUAGCGUUGGCUAUGAAGGAACCCAUAUUUGUGGAGAUGGCUGAUGCCUGUCUAAAGGUUGUGGAACCACUGGAUGAAACUGGACCAUUCUGAAUGAUAUUAUUCUUCAUAAAAAAUGGUACUGUAUUGAAAGGAUUGUUAUUUCUUUGAUAUAAGCAGUAGAUAUGUUUGUAUAUUGCAUAUUUAUAUGAAAAUGUUGAACAGUAAA